CCCGACCUUCAACAAAGCAAGGCCAAUAUUUGUAUUCGAUAACUCAGUUCUAAUCAAGAUGUGGUCACAGUUGAUCGUGAUAAGUGCUGUGCUCACAUUAAUUGCAUCUAGAGGUGAUAAUUUUGGAAAACCUUUAUUUUUGACAAUCUUACUGGAAAGAGGUGAGUACGAAGUAGCACAAAAUCUGUCUAGGGUAACUCCAGACAUUGGAAACACAACCAGCUACUCUGGUUUCUUCACAGUCAACAAACAGUGCGAUUCUCAUUUGUUCUUCUGGUUUUUUCCUGCCCAACAAAUUGACUGGAACGAUAAACCGUUACUACUUUGGUUACAAGGUGGCCCAGGUAUUUCUUCGAUGUAUGGACUUUUUGAAGAGAUUGGACCUUUUAAAUCGUAUCCUGAAGGUUUGAAGAAGCGCCAAUACUCGUGGAAUACAGAAAAUAAUUUACUUUUUAUCGACCAACCUGUUGGUGCAGGGUACAGCUUUACUGGAAAUAAUUGCUUUCCCACGAGUGACACAGCAGCUAGUGAAGAACUUUACCAAGCGGUGCUUCAGUUCCACCAAUUGUUUCCAGAUUUCCAAAAAAAUAAAUUUUUUAUCAGUGGACAGUCUUACGCAGGGCAUUACAUUCCUGCAUUAGGGCAUAACAUACACAAGUAUAACAAUCGUAGCGAUAUAAAAAUAAACUUAAUUGCUAUGUUGAUUGGAAAUGGCUUUAGUGAUUCUGUUACACAGAUAGAUUACGCCAGCUUCCUGUAUCAAGCUGGACUAGUCGAUGAUACAGGACGUGAUAUUUACAAAAGUUAUCAGGAUAAAUUUGUAAAACAAGUUCAUGACAAAGAUUGGGCUAGUGCUAUAAACACUCGGAAUCUUAUUGGAAACUUAUUCGAUGAGACCGUUGGUAGUCAAGUGAGUUUAUACAACUAUCUUCUUCAAUCUACAUCAAAACCAAAACAUUGGGAUGAAUUUAUACAAACCAGUGACGUGCGUAGUGCUUUAAAAGUAGGGAAUCUACAAUUUAGUGAGUUCAAUGGCGAUACAUAUAGAGCACUGUCCAAUGCCACUAUUCACUCAGUGAAACCCUGGGUAGAAGAACUGUUGGAGGUCUAUCCAAUAAUUUUCUACAAUGGCCAGCUGGACAUCAUCUGUGGCUAUCCAAUGAUGAUCAACUUUCUUCGCUCGUUGUCAUGGAGUGGAGAGGCUCGUUAUCUGAAUGCUACAAGGACAAAGUGGUGUGUUGGUCAGGACCUGGCCGGUUAUUACAAGGGAGUACAUAACCUUUACGAUGUGAUGGUACGCGGUGCAGGCCACUCGGUUCCAAAAGACCAGCCUCUCUGGGCCUAUACUUUUGUCAAUUCCAUCACUUCCGGUACUCCAGACAACCCCCUACAUGCUCUGACACGUUGCUCAGAGCCAGGCGGCUUGUCCUCCGAACAACACACUGAAGAUUAUGAGUGACAUUGUUCCAUGAAUCUCAUAUAAACAAAUUUCAUUUAUUCA